GCUAAGGACACCUCCAUUAGAAGCCCUGUGUGAAGAGCAGGUCAUUUGGGAAACAGCAAUGAAGAUCUAAACUUGAACACCGCAAAAUUACAUUAUCAGCAUUGCUGAUAGGAUAUUUGAGCAUUUUUCCGAAAGGCUCUUUGACAGCAAAAAAUCCUUGACUAUCUCUGCUAGUUCACUCUAUGAUACCCUCAGGUGGAGAGGCACCUGUCAUGUUUCCUAGGAACUAAAGAUAGUAACCAAUGGGUAGUUACUCAAUGACUGACUCAAAAUCCUCGUCUCACAAUGGAUUAUUAGUAUUUUUUUUUGUUAUGUCACAGAAAGGAAUAACAAAAACAUAAUUGCAGAGACAAUUCCCUUACUAACUAACUAACUAUGGACAUUUCCAGGCAUGUAUUCAAGUCCUCACGUGUUUGUUUGGAUUCUGGGUCAUGACCACAGUAGUUAUGUUUUUCUUUGCACAUUGUUUGGCUCUCCAACCAGAUGUCAUUCUUCUCUGAAAACCACUAGCACGUUUCUUGGUAAGGCGAUCUCUCUGAUGAACAAGUAGAGACCUAGAGGCUUCCGGUGGCAAAAUGUAAAUAAGAUAACGUGACGACUGUCAGCAUGGGGAGCCUCCGGAAGCCUUGUGAAGGAUAUUGUGUUUUUCUUAUUGCCAUUCAACAUUAUUCUUUCAGUGUUCUUCCCAGUUUCUACUCCCCAUCUUGAAACUUCGAUGCUACAGUCCCACCACAGUCCCCUGAGACCGGACACACCCUUGCAAACAAUGUUGCUCUUACCAGAUUACUCUCGAUCGUUAGCCAGCCACUCCAUCCAAACUCACUUUGCGCCUUAGUGCCCAGGAGAUUAAUUCUCUGGCAGGGGUGAAACGAUGGUUUUAAGCAAACCGAUUUAACUCUUAAAUAAGUUAACAUAAACCAAUGUCUAGAGAAGUUAAGGAUCCUUUCGGGUUAAAGAUCUAUAGCUUUAACCACGAUUGCACUGUGUCGAUUACAAUUCCCAGCGGUUACAGCUCUUCAGAAAGGAGGCCUACAAUCCCCUCUUCACUUCUCCUCGGUCCUCUCUUGAACCCAUAGGGGUAAGUCUGGUUUGUUUGCUUGCUUUUGUUUUUCCCUUACCACGUCACCAAAACUGGCCCUGUCCAGGUCACCGGGGGCCUCCCUUAAUCCAGAAUCAGCGUCUCCUCCCCGGCCAGCGCCCCGCCCCCCCCCCCCCCCCCCUUCUGGAGGGAUGGCACCGGGGCAGGAGCCCUGGUUAGCAAAAUAGCUGAGGGUGAGAGGGGGUAGGAGGGAUGGCAGCGCCCCUGGAGCUUCGGGGAACUCGCCCGCCGGGCAGAGGAGGGAGAUGUCGCCACUUCCCCCGACUCCUCCAGUCCCGGCUAGAGAGCGCCACCGCACGCACGCAGAGGCGCCGGGGGACGCGCGGAGGAAAGACCCGGCAGCGCGCCCUGCACUGCGGGGACCCGCGAGCGCCGGAUGUCCCCACCCACCUAUCCGCACGCAGGGACUGGGGGACGCGCGGGAGGACCAGCCGGCUAGCGCGCGCGCCGCACUGCGGGGACCCGCGAGCGCCGCAUGUCCCCCACCCACCUCAUGUCCCCACCCCCACCCCCUGCUCCCCUGCUUCCCACCGCCUCUGCAAGGAGAAAACUAAGCAAAGCCGGUGCACCACUUCCUCUGGCUGAGACCCGAUAACGUUGUUUCUUCCGUUGAGGGUUCUGCAGAACCCUCCAGUUUCAUCACGGAACAGAAAGAAAACACACCGGAGAGCACUGAUUUCUUUACGGGGAGGCGCAUCAAACCUACCGCUGGUCCCGUGAGUGAGCACAACGGUGUUGUGCCUGUGUGCCCAAUAUCAUGAAAGCCUUCCGGCUGCACAGUCCCUAUAUUUGUCAGUUGCACAGAACGGCAUCUCUGAGGCAAAAUACUCCAGCCAGUGGCGAAGGAUGUUUGGACAGAUGCAAAACACAGAGGGAUCAAUGAUGCAGAAGACAAGAAAGCAUCCCUAUCAUUGUCAACACAAGUGGACAUGCAAAGAUUACCCUAAAUGUCCCAAGUGGCAUCAGACUGCUCUGAGAUUGUCCAGCAUUGCACUGGUUAUACUCAUUGCCAUAGUGAUAGGACUAACCAUUUUGGUAUGUCGCCUAAGUAGUGAGAAAGGAACCAAAGAUUGUGAUGGCAUGAAUAUUUCUCCCAGGAAACAACAGGACAAUACAAACUUCACAACAAAGUCCACGCUAAACUUAUGCCCUAAUAACUGGCUGCAGAAAAAAGGGAAAUGCUAUAAUUUCUUAAAAACCUUUAAAUCAUGGACCGAUAGCCAAAAAUCCUGUUUAAUAAUGAAAUCACAUCUCUUGAUGAUCCAAGACAUGGCUGAACUGAAUUUCAUACAGAGUAGUAUACCGGAUGGAAUUUACUUUUGGAUGGGUCUGAACAUCACGCACCCACAAAAGGCAUGGACCUGGCUGGACGGCACCCCAUUAAAUCUACAGUUAUUUCAAGUCAUGGGCCAAGUUGAAGAUAACGCCUGUGCCGUAAUAACAAAGAAGGGUGUGUUUUCCGAAAAGUGUUGUAAUGAGAGUUACUGGAUUUGUCAACAUGUGAUUUCUUCAGACAAUAACUUCUAAACUGAUUGCAGUCUACCCUAUCAAAAAAAAAAAAAAUUCAGAAGUCUUUUUUUAUUUAUGUAUUUUUGUAGAUGUACAUCAUUUUUACAACAAAUAUUAUGGUGAUGAUGAUGAUAAUGGUGUAGAUUUGUGUCACUAUAACUCCGGGCAAUCAGGCUUAACUCAUUCCUUGUGGCCUUGUCACUCUUGUCACUGGUGCUAUAAUUCAGCAGUCAUCCCCCAUUCAUCAUAGUGGCUCUUUUAGACAGAAGUUGGCCUUUCAUCUCUUCAACAAUUCUCUCCCGACAGCCCCCAUUCACCAUUAGCAGGGGAGCUUUUUUUUUUGAAGAGAAGCUGUCAGAUGAUACAUUCAUGAAUUUUCCACCACUGAGUCUACACAAUUGUCUGCAUCUUACUUCUUUUUCUUCUCCUCCUAUUUCCAAAGAAGGGGUCUUCCUCUGUCUGGCUAAAUCAAAUCUCAAAAUCUACAGCCGGGAUUGCAUCUCUUUUCAUUUUUUCAAAGAGAUUCCUUCCUUCAUCACCUCCACUUCUAACCUCUCUCUUCUUACGCCUCCUUUUCUUUCGACAAUGAAAAUGCAAGAACGCAAGAAAAUUUUCCCUGAACCACUUGUGGCUUCCAGUUUCUAUCCAGUGUCUCCCACCUGUUUUAAGUCAAACUUCUGAGAAAUUGUUUAUACUUGCUUUUUCCUCUUUUCACCUCCCACUCCAGGUUCUUCUGCAAUCUGGUUUCUGCUUUUCCCACUAUUUCACUAAAGUGUUCUCAUCACGUCAAGAAUGCCUUUCUUCUGCCUAAACACAAUGACAGCUUUUUAGCUUUCGUCUUAACUCUCAGCAGUGUUGUUCAUUUGUGGCCUAUCCUUUCUUCUAGAAAUAUUCUCUGACCUUGGCAUCUAUGACACAAUGCUCUCUUGAACUUGUAUCUACCUUCCUUGCCAUUGCUCUUCAGUUUUUUUUUUUGUUUGUUUGUUUGUUUGAAGCAUUGCUUCUCUCUUCUGAUCUCUUAAAUAUUGACAUUCCUUGGAGUUUUGCAUGAAUUCUCUCAUACACAAUUCUUGGCUAAACUCAUCUACUCUGUAGGUACAGUUACCAUCAAUUUAUUGAUAACUCCCAAGCCCAUAUUUCUAACCCAGACCUUAUUACAGCAGAUUGCCCACUGGACAUCUCUGGUUGGACGUCUCAAAGCCCCUCAAUCUUCCCAUGUUAAAAAUUAAACUCAUUAGCUUAGUGAAUGGCAGCAAUGUGCCCAUUAGCCUAAGCCAGAGUCCUUGGAAUCAAACAUGACUUUUCUUUUUUCUUUUUACCCUCGAUAUUCACUCAUUUAAAUCCUGUCAAUGUGACUACAUAAUUAUUUUUGAAUCCAUCUAUAUGUCCUCAUAGCCACCUUAUUGUCCUCGAUUCCUGCAACAGUCUUUUUGUCUGCUUUUAGUUUUGUCUGCCAAAGUCCAUUCUCUAUCUUGUGAUCAUAGCAAUUGUCUAAACCUCCUAUCAGGCCACAUUACUCACUACUUGAUUUCCUUCAGGGACUUUUCAUUGCUUUACCUUGUUUUUCAUUGAUCAUCUCUUACCAGAACCUGUGUGUCUUCGCCCAUGUUCAUUUCUUUCCCACUGCCAUGCUUCUGAUGAUGCAAACACACUAAAUUUUGUUCAGUUUCCCAAAUGUGUCAUUCUUUCUCUUGCCUCUAAUCUACUCAUGUCUGCCUCAGCUUAACAUUCUUCCCUUUCAUACUCCCCUGUUGAACUCCUGCUUAUUGUUCAGAUGGCCAGUUAAACGCCAUUUGGUGGAAAAUAUUUCCUUAACCAUUCUCCGCUCCAGACUAAAUUACAUGCAUUUGUGAAUAUGUUCAUAGUUUCCUGUACUUAUCUAAUCCUAAUAUUUGAUACUGGAUUUUUGACCACUGUUUAUUUAUCUGUAUUGUGAGCUCUGGGAGGACAACGAUCCCCAUUAUUGUACGGGAGGGACAAGAUGCCUGCGGCGUGAUGGAUGAAGAGUAAGCUCUUGUUAUGUUGUUGAGUAUUAUUUGUAACAUGUCUUAAUGUUUCCCCAGAACAACUUUUCCUAGUUGUGGAGAGCUUCCCUUGGUCUAGAUAAUCACAAUCUGCAUGUAGACAAAUAAACCACUCUGUUUUA